AUGACUGAUCGUAGCAAGAAGUUCGAACAACUGGAAGAGCACAUUGAAAGUGUCAUCGAUCAUUGUCGUGAAGCCGGUAUAAUAGUUUGUGACUAUCAACCUGGUGUCGCAUUUCACAAAAAAAUUAAUGACUUGGUUCUGAAAUUGCGGGAUGUCGAUCGGAUGCAACAGGAUGUGCAGGAUGUCCUCGUGCCAAUCGCGGUAUUCUCCAAGAUUGACGCCGGCCAGAAUCCCCAAAUAUACAGCAGAGAGUGCAUGGAACGUGUCAUAGCUCACAAUGAAGUGGUUCGUGGGAAGCUGGAGAGUCUCCGUCGCUUUCGUUAUCUAUUAAUGGUGGAACUAUCAAAGCGAUUCCCCGGAGAGAUGGCAAAUUACCGAUCAAUGCGCGAUGAUGCUGAACCUUCCCAACAGGGUUCGCAAGCAAACUCGAAUGACAAUCUCCUUCAAACGGGCGGGUCCAGCUCGGACACCGGACUUGAGUCAAUCCUACCACCCGCGCGAUGA